AUGUUCAGCAAUUUGAUUUGGAUGUUUGUCCUGCUCUGCAGCUCUGUAGAAGAUGAAAACUCUAUCAGAGAUGCUGACAUUUUUCCUUCAUCUCCUGUAAUUGAAAGAGGAUCCUCCCUGGAACUAUCCUGUGUUCUUAGAAAGAACUACAUGCCUCAGAGAAAUGCAAGCCACAUCAUUUGGAAACUGAAUGAUACAUUGAUUGCUCCAGAAAAAUAUAUCAUUGUGAAUGAGACUGUAUCUAAUAUAACCAUCCAUAAUUUCACUUACAGCACAGCUUAUGUAAAUUGUUCCAUGAAGUACUUGGACAAGGAACUACCUUUGGCUCACACAGAAGUUAAAUCUGGGUUUCGCCCAGACAUGCCAGAAAAUAUUUCCUGCAUUUAUUUCUAUGAUGCUAACCUUACCUGUACCUGGAAGGCAGGAAGAGAAACAAGUUUUAGAACAAACUAUACUCUUUACCGAAAACUGAUGCAUUCUCAAUAUUCAGUCAUAUCCUGCCAGAAUGCAACAGAGUCGUGUUCAUUUUUUACUCGAGACAAUGCUUAUAGUAAUGACUUUUGUUUUCAGGUGGAAGCUAAAAAUGUUUUGGGUGAAUCCUUAACAGAGUGUGUUCCUAUACCUUUGCAAAAAAUAGAGAAAUUUGCCCCUCCUGAAAUACUUUCAGUUAAACAAAUCCCUGGUAUAAAGCAGUUACUUACAGUAACCUGGAAAAUGCCGGAGAAGAUUAUCCCUUUAAAACCUGUAAUUUGCCAGGUUCAAUACAGAAACUUGUACUCAAACUUUACCGAAUUUGUCAAUGUCUCAUUGAAUUCUAAGAAGGGUAUAGGAUCAUGUAAUCUCACAGGUCUGUGGGACUCCACAGACUAUUCUGUUGCCAUUCGGUGUAUCAAUAAUGAGUCAACAUUUUGGAGUGGAUGGAGUGGAGAGAAAAAUGGAAGCACAGCAGAAAAGGCUCCUUCAGGAAAAGUGGAUUUGUGGAGAGUAAUUGAGUCUUCACACUCAUCUCGAAAUAGAUCUGUACAUCUUAUGUGGAAGCCAUUAAAAAGCUUUCCACCUUCUGGAAGAAUUCUAGGCUACAAAAUACGGUAUUUUCCAGAAAAAAAGACUGGACGUAAAAGGACAAGCAAAUCUAAAGAAAAGAAAAUCACCUUACUUUUAAAUGAAGAGGCACAUAUAAUAUCUGUAGCUGCCUAUAACUCUGCUGGAGAGUCUCCUGAAGCUAUUUUGAGGAUUCCAUCCAUUGAUGAAAAAUCCUAUCAGGUGAUUGAAACAGUGAUGACCUCUACAACAAAUGAAGAAGUGGUGGUGGAAUGGAUAACCUCUGAAUCAGAAACAACCAAAUAUGUGGUUGAGUGGUAUGAGGAGUUGGAGACGGACCCUUUUGGUAGAUCAUGGCAAUAUGUGUCAAAUUCUACAGAGUGGAAAAAUAACAAAAAAAACUUUAAACCAUUUAUAUGCUAUAACAUCUUGGUGUAUCCUCUUUAUGGAAGUAAUGUUGCAGCUCCAUCUUAUGCACAAAUAUAUGCUCAAGAAAAAGAGCCAUCAGAAGGACCUGUGGCUGAUACAGGCAUUCUGGGGAAAAAUGAAGUUACAAUAAAGUGGAAUGAAAUUUCAAAGGCUAAAAGAAAUGGAUUUAUCACUAACUAUACAAUAUUUUAUAAACCUGAAGAUGGAAAAGAAUUGAUUUGCAGGCUUAUAAAUCUUGUGAUGCUUGUUUCUUAUGGAUAUCUAGUCCAGAUCCAGGGCAGGAGUAUUCCUGAUGAAACAGUGAACUCUGAUGUUCUGCAAUACAAACUGAAGUCCUUACAGGCUAAUACACAAUAUACUGUUCAGAUCAUGGCAAGCAACAAAGCUGGUGGAACCAUUGGAGAACAAAAAACCUUCAAAACUUUGAAAUUUGAUAAACAAGAUUUCUUUUUUAUUGCUGUACCUGUUGGGAUAAGUGUGUUGUGUCUCAUAGGCCUUUGGAUAACGUGCGUUUUGAAAAAACAUGAGUUUAAAAAGGUUUGCUGGCCUAAUAUACCAAAUCCAGAGGAGAGCCUUGCGGUGGAAUGGCCUCGUGAUUCAUCUACGAAUAGUUCAUUUUUGAAGAGAUUGUCAUCGCAGACUAAAACUGUAGACUUUGAAGACAUAAAUGUUUUGGAAUAUUGUUUUCCUGAAGAAAGUCAGGAAGGAUCGCUACUAAUAAAUUAUAAAAACUGUGUUUCUGAAUGUACUGAUAUUAAUACAAAAGACAUAACUAACAGAGAUGAAAAGAUACUGCGUAAUGAAGAGAAUGAAGUUGCUAAAUGUUUUUCCCCAUCCAUGCCUUAUAUAAUUGCUGAGCAAUUUACCAGAAGUCAAAUUCAUCCAGCUUUGAUACCGGUGAAGGAAGUCCAACCCAUAGAAAUGGUUGCAAAUGAUUCGUCUGGAUCCCAACAGAAUCCAAUUAAAAAUGAAGAAAUUUAUGAUGAAGAAAUUUUAAAGCUGGAAGAUUUCAGUGAAAAAGCACUGUUCAAUCCAUACCUUAAAAAUUCAGUUAAAACAAGGGAAUUUCUUGUUUCUGAGAGCUUGCCAGAAUGCAGUACGGAUGAAGGCAAAAGCCAGUCAAGUGUCUUAGCUCCUUUUCAACCAAAUGUUCCAGGACAGUCCUACAUAACACUGGACAUGUUCAGGCUGGCCAAACCUCAGUAGCAUGAGAAAACUCCAUUGUAAAAUCCUCCUGUGAGAUAUCCCUUGG